CCGGAAUUUAUUGCGCCGUUUAUCCAGCUAAUAAAACGUGUUGGUGUUGGUUAACUGCAGUGUGUAAACUGUAAUGCGAUGCAGAGAGCAUGGUCCGCCGUUUCCUCUCUGGGCAUUCUUGAUUCUUGGCCAAAGACAUGGUUCCCAAAAAGCGCCGACCCCGCCCCAUCGAUUUGCAUCUAGAGCAGUUUCACCGACCUCCAGUGACUUGAGCCUUUUGAAAACUGCCUGACGAGGACUUUUAUCAACUGGCAUAGGAUGGAAAUUCGGUCCAAACGAUGCCUCGAUUGCCCGGUCUCGUGCAAGAAUCAAAAAUAAUUACAGACAUUCGCGAUUCUUUAAUUGUCCAUACAUUUCCCGAUACUAACGAAGCGGGCAGACGAUCGUCUCGAAAAGAAUGCUGGAAGCCGGAAAAACGCCUUGGGCGUGGACGAUCUGGGCAGGUACAACUACAAAGAUGCACUACGGGAGGCACACAACAGGAUGCUCUACGAGCAGUAAAGAUCAUCGAAAAGGGAUCGAAUCAGAAUUUCAAUAGGGAGUUAGAAACGAUAGCAAAAUUCUCUAACUAUCGAUAUGAACAGUGGUUUGUAAAAUCAUUUGGAUGGUAUGAAGAUGCGAACUCGAUAUUCAUUACAAUGGAAUAUUGCCGUUACGGCGAUCUUCAUUCCUACCUUAAGAAGCAACGUCGUCUACCUGUUCUAGAAGUCCAGCAAUUGAUAUGUCAAGUACUUGAAGGUCUUGAUCAAAUGCACCAAAAUGAUUUCACUCAUGGGGAUCUAAAUCCAUCAAAUAUUCUCAUUAAGUUGAUGCCACCAGAGGAGAGUUGGUGGAUUGUGCUUACCGAUUUUGCUAUCAGCAAACGAGCGAACGAAGAUAAUAGCCCUACAACAGCGAUUAAAGGCACAGUAGGAUUUAUAGCGCCGGAAUUGCUAGGCUUUCCGAGUCUUCCUAGACCUAAAGAAACCUCCGGCUUUAGAGCAGCAGAUUUAUGGGCUCUUGGUGAGAUUGCCUUUAUAAUGCUUACUAGCGAAGCAACGUUCCCAUCCCAGUGGCACCUAGGGCGAUACUGUCAAGGACAGCAGAGAUUCCCGUCCGAUCGACUUUCGCCAUUCGCUGGAGACGAUGGCAUAGAUUUCAUCAGCAGCCUCAUGGAGAUACAUCCAGAGAAUCGAAUAGAUACCACCCAAUGCCUCGAACAUAGCUGGAUAAAGCCGCAGCGUGUAAAUCUGGAAGAAGAGAUUUCUGGACUGGGCUUAGGACAAGAUAGCUCAAGUUACUCGGCUAGCUUGACAAACGUAUCACAUCCGGACUGUAUUCUAGAAACAGUUCAACGAAGCCCGGCAAAGUCGUCAGACUUGUACCAAAGAGGUUCAAGGCAGCCCCAACUUGAGCGGAUUUGCAGCAAUCCAUCAACCUCUAGGACUGGCAAGGAAUCGUUAUUCCUACCGGGAGCGGCACCGAAAACGCUCGAGGGGCAUACGGGUUACGUCGACGCCAUUGCCUUUUCGCCGGAUGGCAAGAUACUGGCGUCGGCAUCGAGGGACCAUACCGUCAGGCUAUGGGACGUCCCGUCGGGAGCGGCGCUAGAGACGCUCGAGUGCCAUACAAAUGACGUCUACGCCGUGGCCUUCUCCCUAGACGGUAAGAGGCUGGCGUCGGCAUCGGGUGACCAUACCGUCAGGCUAUGGGACGGCCAGUCGGGAGCGGCACUAAAGAUGCUCGGGGGCCAUACAUAUUUCGUCUACGCCGUGGCCUUCUCGCCGGACGGCAAGGUACUGGCGUCGGCAUCAGGGGACGAUACUGUCAGACUGUGGAACGGCCAGUGGGGAGCAGCGCUAAAGACGCUUGCGGGCCAUUCAAAUGCCGUCGACGCCGUGGUCUUCUCGCCGGACGGUAAGACGCUGGCAUCGGCAUCGUGGGACCAUAGCGUCAGGCUGUGGAACGGCCAGUCAGGAGCGGCGCUAAAGACGCUCACCGGACAUACAAAUUUCGUCUACGCCGUGGCCUUCUCGCCGGACGGCAAGACGCUGGCGUCGGCAUCGGGGGACUACACCGUCAGGCUGUGGGACGCCCGGUCGGGAGCGGCGCUAAAGACGCUUGCGGGCCAUUCAAAUGCCGUCAACGCCGUGGUCUUCUCGCCGGACGGCAAGACGCUGGCGUCGGCAUCGGGUGACCAUACCGUUAGGCUAUGGGACGGCCGGUCGGGAGCGGCGCUAAAGACGCUUAAGAGACAUACAAAUGAUGUCUACGCCGUAGCCUUCUCGCCGGAGGGCAAGACGCUCGCGUCGGCAUCGUGGGAUAAAACCGUCAGGCUUUGGACAUAAUUGGCCCCUGGAGCAAUUCCAUGUAGUUCUAUCCACAGUACUCAAAUACACAGCGAAGACGAGUGAUCAGCGGUAUAUUGAAGCAGAGGAGGGCCAGGAAAGGCCUCACAAGUAUCUCUUCUCCUACGGACAUUUUACCAUGCGGGCAUUCGAAUGUCCAUUUCUGACCUCACCAAUAUCAGCGUAUCUGUUUUCUAACCUGGUUUUUCCCUGCGUACUUUUCCCCUGCGGACAUUCGAAAGUCCACUACCUCACCGAUAUCAGCG